CACACACAUACUCUUGUCUUCAAUUCUCAACAAUGCAUAUCCAACCCAAACAAUUCAUCACAUUUAGGUUGGUGAAGUUUUCACGAGCUAAAACCAUUUGCGUGUCUCUUUAUUCACCCAUACCCACCAAACUCUGUUUAAGUGGUCCACACCAAAUCAACCACGUAAAAAACCACACCUUUCUUCUUUUGUUCAAUCUCAAACACUGUUUUAUCCAUUACCCUUUAUGCUUUUUCUUUUUCUUUUAUGAUCAUGAUCAUGAUAAUGUGAAGUGAGUUUUUUUGGUAUAUUGUGUUGCUUGCUGCAUAGUGAAGGUUUCAUCUUUUUAAGUAAAUGGACCGACCUGCGAACGUUGUUGGGCCGGGAAUGGACAUGCUGAUUAUGCAUGAUAGUGAUCGCUAUGAACUUGUUCGUGAUAUUGGUUCUGGUAAUUUUGGAGUUGCUAGGCUUAUGAGGGACAAACAAACUGAGGAACUUGUUGCUGUUAAGUAUAUUGAGAGAGGUGAAAAGAUUGAUGAAAAUGUACAGAGAGAAAUUAUAAACCAUAGAUCAUUGAGGCAUCCCAAUAUUGUCAGGUUCAAGGAGGUUAUAUUGACCCCAACCCACUUGGCAAUCGUAAUGGAAUAUGCUUCCGGGGGAGAGCUAUUUGAGCGAAUAUGCAAUGCGGGGCGAUUCAGUGAGGAUGAGGCGCGCUUCUUCUUCCAACAACUCAUAUCAGGUGUUAGCUAUUGUCAUGCAAUGGAAGUAUGCCAUCGCGACUUGAAGUUGGAAAACACGUUGUUAGAUGGUAGUCCUGCGCCACGUUUGAAGAUUUGUGAUUUUGGAUAUUCAAAGUCCUCGGUACUACAUUCACAACCGAAAUCUACAGUUGGUACCCCUGCAUAUAUAGCUCCUGAAGUUUUGCUUAAGAAGGAAUAUGACGGAAAGAUUGCAGAUGUUUGGUCUUGUGGGGUGACAUUAUAUGUCAUGUUGGUGGGUGCUUAUCCUUUUGAGGAUCCAGAGGAGCCUAAAAAUUUCCGCAAGACAAUAAAUAGGAUUUUAAAUGUUCAUUAUUCAAUUCCUGACUAUGUUCAUAUAUCUCCCGAAUGCCAGCAUCUGAUUUCACGGAUUUUUGUUGCUGAUCCUGCAAAGAGAAUAAGCAUUCCAGAGAUUAGAAACCAUGAGUGGUUUUUGAAGAACCUUCCAACUGAUCUUAUGGACGACAAUGGAACCAACAACCAGUUUGAGGAGCCUGAUCAACCAACACAAAGCGUCGAAGAAAUCAUGCAGAUCAUCGCCGAGGCCACGGUUCCUGCAGCAGGAACACAGAGCCUCAACCCGUACCUUACUGGUAGUUUGGAUAUUGAUGAUGACAUGGAGGAGGAUUUAGACACUGAUCCUGAUCUUGACAUUGAUAGCAGUGGAGAAAUAGUUUAUGCUAUGUAAGCUGGGUAAAGGAUAUGUGAUAGAAUUUUCCUUGAUCCAUUCUGCUUGUAUUUAUGUCCUAUUCAUCAUGAUCUUAAUUUAUGUUGCUUUGUAUUCA